AUGGUGUUUCAUUGCCGAUGUUUCUCCUUCUCUUUCCAAGAAGACGAAGAGAUCGAAUAUGAAACCAGAACUCAAACAAAAUCGACUUCCACUCACGACUAUUAUACUGCUUCUUCGGAUUUGAAUCGGACCAUUUCCGAUUUUCAUGCGAAGCCAUCAGGAUUCCCAAACUUGACCAAGAAACCAAACAAUUUGAGGGUUUUCACAUUCGCUGAGCUCAAAGCAGCUACUAAUAACUUUGAUAUUGCUUGGAAUAUAGGAGAGGGUGGAUUUGGAUGUGUAUACAAGGGUGUGAUUCAGAAUUUGGAACAUCCUUUUGAUGAGAUUCAGGUCGCUGUGAAGUAUGCCAAAGGAUUAAUGAAGGGGCACAGAGAGUGGUUAACCGAGGUUAAUGUUCUUGGGGUGGUUAUGCAUCCAAAUCUUGUGAAACUAGUAGGUUACUGUGCGGAAGACACAGAAAAAGGAAUGCAACUGUUUUUAGUAUACGAAUACAUGCCUAAUGGAAGCCUGAAGGAUCAUCUAUCUACAAGAUCACAAACACCUCUCUCAUGGAGCAUGAGACUGAAAGUGGCUCAAGAUGCUGCUUGUGGCUUAGCGUAUCUACAUGAAGAAAUGGAUUCUGAGAUUAUUUUCAGGGAUUUCAAAUCCUCCAACAUCCUUCUAGAUGAUCAAUGGAAUGCUAAGCUUUCCGAUUUUGGUGUGGCUCGAAUAGGUCCUCAAGAAGGACGCACUCAUAUCUCAACCAUAUUUCAAGGAACCGUGUUAUAUGCGGCUCCAGAGUACAUUGAAUCAGGGUAUUUGUCAUCCAAAAGUGACGUAUGGAGCUACGGGGUCUUUCUAUAUGAACUUAUCACGGGUAGGCGUCCAUUGGAUAAGAAUCUACCUCAAGGUGAACAGAAGCUUCUAGAAUGGGUAGGACGCUACACAAACUCCAAAAGCCUCCACCAUAUCAUUGAUCCGAGACUUGAAGGUACAUGCUCAUUGAAGUCCGUACAGGCUUUGGUCAACAUUGCGAAUCUUUGCUUGCAAAAACACCCGAGAUCAAGGCCAAAGAUGAGUGAGGUUUUAGGAUUGGUUAAUGCAUUGAUUGGGGCUCUAUCACAAACAACAAGUCCUGUGCGACCUCCUGUCCAGAUGAUUCAGGUUAAUUGUAAGGAGGUUGUUACCAUGGAUGACAAGACUCAAGAGUACACGAGAGAUGAAGGAGAGAGAGUUUCGAUUGAUAUCCAACUUAUAGAGACUUCUAUCGUUCCUCCUAUACCCCAAUCGAAGCCAGUGAAAUCUUUGAUUACAAAGAAGUGGUGUUGUGUAUCGUAG